CUCAAGAGCUUCACUCUCAAAGAGCUGAAUAGCAAUUUUAUGGCGAUGCUGUCUCUAUUGGCGAAAGAAAACUCAGUUCUGCGUGACCACCUAGAAAACGCACCUCGGAUUUCCAAGUAUGCAUAUCCGGAUAUCCAGUACGAGAUCAUCUUUUUUUCAGCGAAGCAGAUUCUCGAUAGCAUUAUUGACAAUUGCAAGAGAUCUGUCAUUUGUGCAUUAAUUGAUGAUGAGUCGACUGAUGUUACAAACAAAGAGCAAAUUUCUAUUUGUAUACGUUUUGUUGGCAGGAAAGAGGACGGGAAACAUCUCAUACGUGAAGAAUUCCUUACUUUUGUACAUGCAGACAAAGGAACCAAUGCUGAGGAACUCAGCCAGAGCGUCGGUCUUUCAGUGAAUGAUAUGAGAGCCCAAGGCUAUGAUGGCGCCAGUGUGAUGAGUGGGCACGUGAGUGGUGUGCAAACACGGAUUUGCCAAGUUAAUCCAAAUGCUGUUUAUGUCCAUUGUCGACCUGAAGUCUUAAACCUCUAUAUUGUCCAUGCAUCAAAGCUUCCACUAGUGAGAAACAUCAUGGAUACCAUGCAAGAAGUUACGUUGGCCUUUAAGUUCACUGCAAAACGUUUGUUGGCAUUUAAAGAACAACUUAGAGACAAUCCUGUUCCUAGAGAAAAAAUGGGAAGACGCUCAAAGCUGAAGGUGCUUUGCGAAACGCGCUGGGCCUCCAGAGCAGAUUGCCUGGCAGUUUUCGUCGACGCUUUCAAGGUAUUAAUUGAUAUUAAUAAUCUGAAUCAUAGCCCAUCUUUUAUGAGGUAAAUACAAUGGAACAUUUUGCUUAUCCAUCAAUGUUCAUUUUUAGGUAAUAAUCGACACGUUAGACCAGCUAAGCGAGGAAGGUGAUUGCAAGGCCAGAGCGCUCCACGCGUCUGUUCUGAAAUGGGAAACAAGCUGUCGGUAUACCUUCAAGUGA